GAGUGGGGGGAAUGGAGCAGAAUUCACGUAAAUGGGUGUUUGAUAGUUUGCAUAGAAGGCCCGAAUCUGUGUCACGUCUGAGUUAUGUGAUGUGUAAUUCCAGACCCCGACCUGUAAUUCCCAGUGAUGUAAGGUCAGGCGCACACCGAACAGUGCAGCGACGGGAGAGUGUGUGCUUCCAGCGGCGCUUGGAAGCUACGGUUCGACGCCGGGACGUGGAGUAAAUUUUCGAGGAGGGAAGUGACGCUGCUAAGCCCGGCUUCAGGAGCGAGCAGGGAACAUACCGGGGGCUGACGAGAAGUAGGACCGGCAGUACUCUUAUUUCCUGCAACGGGAAUAUAUAUAGAUGUAAAUGGAACCCCUUCACAGAGAGGACAAGCCGAAUCCCCUGACAACGGCAAAUAUAUUCUCCACUGUGUUCUUCUGUUGGCUCAAUCCACUGUUCAAAAUUGGUUAUAAAAGGAGACUAGAAGAAAAUGACCUGUACAAAGUUCUUCCUGAAGAUGGAUCUGAGAGGUUGGGAAAAGAACUACAGAGGCACUGGGACAAUGAAGUCCAGAAGGCGCAGAAACAAGUUCGAAAUCCCCAUCUAACAAGAGCCAUUUUAAAAUGUUUCUGGAAAUCGUAUAUUAUUUUAGGUGCUUUUACAUUUUUAGAGGAAUUAGUAAGAAUUAUUCAGCCUAUUAUGUUGGGAAAAAUUGUUAGUUUUUUUGAAAACUACGAUAAGGAUGAUACAGAAGCUUCUAAAACUGCCUUUGGAUAUGCUGCUGGCCUAUCACUUUGUACGUUGUUUUUGGCAAUUCUACAUCACCUGUACUUCUUUCAUGUACAAAGGAGUGGAAUGAAACUAAGGAUAGCAAUGUGCCAUAUGAUUUACAGAAAGGCACUGCGUCUCAAUAACCUUGCACUGUCAAAAACAACCACAGGCCAGAUAGUGAACCUGUUAUCCAAUGAUGUAAACAAGUUUGAUCAGGUAACCGUAUUUCUGCAUUUCCUGUGGGUUGGACCAUUGCAAGCAAUUGCAGUGGUAGCACUGUUGUGGCAUGAAAUAGGACCAUCCUGCUUGGCUGGAAUAGCCGUACUACUUAUCCUGAUGCCAUUGCAAACCCUCUUUGGCAAGUGGUUUUCAGUCCUGAGAAGCAAAACUGCGGUGUUGACAGAUGACAGAAUUCGAACAAUGAAUGAGGUAAUCUCAGGAAUGCGAAUCAUCAAGAUGUAUGCAUGGGAGAAAUCCUUUACAACUUUGAUUACCCAAAUUAGAAAGAAGGAGAUUGCCAAGGUCCUACAAAGCUCUUACCUGCGUGGCUUGAACAUGGCCUCAUUCUUUGUAGCAAGCAAGAUAAUAGUAUUUUUCACCUUCCUGGUGUACGUGCUACUUGGCAACACUAUCACAGCAAGCCGUGUGUUUGUUACAGUGUCAUUGUACGGCGCUGUGAGACUCACAGUCACCUUAUUCUUCCCAGCAGCUAUUCAGACUGCUUCUGAGGGAAUGAUCAGCAUAAGAAGGAUAAAGGAAUUUUUGAUUCUCGAAGAAAUUAAGAAACCCAAUGAAGACGUGAAUAACCGUGAAAAUGAGUAUUCAGUUCACUUACAAGAUCUCACAUGCUAUUGGGACAAGACAAUGGAAGCUCCAUCGCUGCAAAAUAUUAGCUUUUCUCUCAAACCAGGGGAACUUCUGGCUGUGAUUGGACCUGUAGGUGCUGGUAAAUCGUCCAUUCUUGCUGCGUUACUUGGAGAACUUUCAAAGGACAGUGGUAUCCUAGAUGUUAAGGGCAAAAUAGCUUAUUGUGCACAACAGCCAUGGGUGUUUCCUGGUACUGUUCGGAGCAAUAUCCUAUUUGGUAAAGAAUACCAAAAAGCAAAAUAUGAAAAGAUCAUCACAGCUUGUGCCUUGAAGAAAGAUUUGGAGCUGCUUCAGGAUGGAGACCUGACUCAGAUUGGAGACCGUGGAGCUACACUCAGUGGAGGACAAAAGGCCAGAGUGAAUUUGGCUAGAUGUGUGUAUCAAGAUGCUGAUAUCUACUUGCUUGAUGAUCCACUUAGUGCUGUUGAUGCUGAAGUUGGAAAAUACCUAUUCGAGCAGUGUAUAACAGGAAUUUUGAAAAAUAAGCCUCGUAUUCUGGUGACCCAUCAGCUUCAAUAUCUAAGUGCUGCUAGCCAAAUUAUCAUAUUAAAAGAGGGUCGAGUGGUUGAAAGCGGAAAGUUAAACCAGCUAAUAAAAUCUGGAGUUGAUUUUGCUCAUCUGCUGAAACAGCAUGAAGAAGAUGAACAGGCAGAUCUUCAUUCCACAACUAAACUAAUGAAGGAACGUACACUUUCUCAGACCUCAGUUUUGUCAUUGGGGUCAUCAACGCAAUCACAUAAAGAGAGCACAGUUGAACUAUCAGGAGAGACUGCGUUCUCUGCAAUACCAGAAGAGAGUCGAACUGAAGGAUCAAUUGGUUUCACAGUCUAUAAGAAGUAUUUUCUAGCAGGAGCUAAUAGUUUUAUGUCAUUGGUUCUUUUGGGUCUCUAUUUGUUGGCACAGGUUUCUUAUAUUCUUCAAGAUUGGUGGCUGUCUUAUUGGGCUACAAACCAAGAAAAUCUGAAUAUUACUGAGGGAGCUAGUCCGAAUAACACAACCCAAGUACUGGAUAUUGACUUCUAUUUAGGAACAUAUGCAGGUUUAACAAUAUCUGUGCUACUCUUUGGAGUGGUCAGAAGUUUGCUAAUUUUCAAAGUAUUGGUUAAUGCAUCGCAGGAGUUGCACAACAAGAUGUUUACAUCCAUUAUAAGAGCUCCAGUUUUAUUCUUUGACAAAAAUCCAAUAGGUCGGAUCCUGAACCGUUUCUCCAAAGACAUCGGCCACCUUGAUGACUUGUUGCCCUAUACUUUCAUGGACUUUUUUCAGAUCUUUCUGCAGAUCAUGAGUGUGAUAGCUGUGGCAGUAUCAGUCAUUCCUUGGAUACUUAUUCCCAUCACUCCACUUGUCAUUAUAUUCUUUUUCCUUCGGAGUUAUUUCUUGGAAACAUCACGUGAUAUUAAACGCAUGGAAACGACUACUCGAAGUCCAGUCUUUUCCCAUCUAUCUUCGUCCCUUCAAGGACUUUGGACUAUUCGUGCAACAAGAACAGAGCAACAGUUUCAAGCAAAAUUUGAUGAACAUCAGGAUCUCCAUUCAGAAACAUGGUUCCUUUUUCUGACUACUUCACGGUGGCUUGCAGUUCGAUUGGAUGGUCUUUGUGCAAUUUUUGUUGCAGUGGUUGCUUUUAGUUCCAUUUUCAUUGCAAACCAGUUGGAUGCAGGACAGGUCGGUUUAGUUCUGUCUUAUUCUAUCACACUGAUGGGAAUGUUCCAGUGGGGCGUACGGCAAAGUGCUGAAGUUGAAAAUCUGAUGACAUCAGUGGAAAGAGUACUGGACUAUAGUAAACUUGAAAGUGAGGCGGCCUGGGAAUCUCGAAAACCGCCACCGGGUGACUGGCCAAACCAAGGCAGUGUGACAUUUGAAAAUGUCAACUUUGGCUACAGUCCUGAUUCUGAACCUGUUCUUAAGGACCUGAAUCUAACAAUCAGACCAAAGGAAAAGGUUGGGCUUGUUGGAAGGACUGGUGCUGGAAAGAGCUCCCUGAUUUCAGCCUUGUUUCGCCUUGCUGAACCAGAAGGGAAAAUCAUGAUUGAUGGCAUUGUGACCUCAGAGCUAGGUUUACAUGACCUGCGAAGUUGCAUGUCCAUCAUUCCUCAGGAUCCUGUUUUAUUUACUGGCUCUAUGAGGAAAAACCUGGAUCCAUUUGAUGAACAUGCCGAUGAAGCACUGUGGAAUGCAUUGGAAGAGGUGCAGCUAAAGGAGGUAGUAGAAGAACUGCCAAAUAAAUUAAUGACAGAACUAGCGGAAGCUGGUUCCAAUUUCAGCGUUGGACAAAGACAACUAGUGUGUCUUGCCCGAGCAGUGCUUAGAAAAAGUAAAAUACUUAUCAUCGAUGAAGCAACGGCAAAUGUGGAUCCGAGGACGGAUAAACUUAUUCAGAAGACAAUUCGAGAGAAGUUUGAACUGUGUACAGUACUGACAAUUGCGCAUCGUCUUAAUACUAUAAUUGACAGCGAUAGGAUUCUGGUGCUGGAUCAAGGAAGAGUUGCUGAAUAUGAGGAACCAUAUGUUCUUCUUGAGAACAAGGAUGGUUUCUUAUACAAAAUGGUUCAACACUUGGGGAAAACUGAAGCAAUUGCUCUGACAAAUAUAGCAAAAGAGGUGCACUUGAAAAGGAAAUCUUUGGAAGAAGCACUAACUGACCAAAUGGAAGCCAAUGGCUCUGCAAUUUUACCCUCCAGUGGUAUUGUCUUUGAGACUUCACUUUGAGCAGAGGAAAGGGGAAGUGGAGCACCUUUAUUCAAGUAAUAAGGGAAAUGCUCUGGAAAGGAUUGUGUUAACUAACAAAACAUGAAUUGUAAAUCAGCAAAAAAAAUUGCACCAGGAUAAUUCACCCUUCUGUUCCUGGGCCAGAUUCCAUCACCCUUUGCUGCAUUUAGUUUUAGAAAACUUGAACUUGAUAUUAUACAGAAAUAUACUGCUGCCUAAACACACACUUGCCUUUAAGAAUGACGUCAGAUUUAUCAGUUAUUGGAAAGAACUUGAAAAUUUGGGGGAGGACACAAAUUUGGCCUUUAGUAAUGUUUUGUGAGGCGCUGGACAAUCCAAGUUGGGUUUGUAUAGAAUGUGCACAAGACUACCAUCACUUUAGAUUGUCUCAGACUCUGUCCUCAACUAUAGAAACAUAGAAAACCUACAGCACAAUACAGGCCCUUCAGCCCACAAAGUUGUGCCAAACAUGUCCCUACCUUAGAAAUUACUAGGCUUACCAAGAGCCCUCUAUUUUUCUAAGCUCCAUGUACCUAUCCAAAAGUCUCUUAAGAGACCCUAUCGUAUCCGCCUCCACCACCGUUGCCGGCAGCCCAUUCCACGCACUUACCACUCUCUGAGUAAAAAACUUACCCCUGACAUCACCUCUGUACCUACUCCCCAGCACCUUAAACCUGUGUCCUCUUGUGGCAACCAUUUCAGCCCUGGGAAAAAGCCUCUGACUGUCUAUCUCAUCCAGUCCCAGCAACUUAUCCAACUUGAUGCUUUCCAAAAGCUCUAGCACAUCCUCUUUAAUAUCUACAUGCUCAAGCUUUUCAGUCUGCUGCAAGUCAUCACUACAAUCACCAAGAUCUUUUUCAGUGAAUACUGAAGUAUUCAUUAAGUACCUCUGCUAUUUCCUCUGUUUCCUUCCACACUUUCCCACUGUCACACUUGAUAUUUGUCACACUAUUAUUUCUCGUCUUAUCCUCUUGCUCUUCACAUACUUGUAGAAUGCCUUGGGGUUUUUCUUAAUCCUGCCCACCAAGGCCUUCUCACGGCCCCUUCUGGCUCUCCUAAUUUCCUUCUUAAUUCCUUCCAAUUAGCUUUAUAGUCUUCUGGAUCUCUAAUAUAUCUGAACCUUUUGUAAGCUUUUCUUCUUGACUAGAUUUAUUACAGCGUUUAUACACCAUGGUUCCUGUACCCUACCAUAACUUUCCUGUCUCAUUGGAACACACCUACGCAGAACUCCACACAAAUAUCCCCUGAACAUUUGCCACAUUUCUUCCAUUCUUUUCCCUGAGAACAUCUGUUUCCAAUUUAAGCUUCCAAUUUCCUGCCUGAUAGCCUCAUAAUUCCCCUUACUCCAAUUAAACGCUUUUCUAACUUGUCUGUUCAAUGCUAUUGUAAAGGAGCUAGAAUUAUGAUCACUAUCUCCAAAAUGCUCUCCCACUGAGAGAUCUGACACCUGACUAGGUUCAUUUCCCAAUACCAAGUCAACUACAGCCUCCCCUUUUGUAGGCUUAUCUACAUACUAAGUCAAGAAACCUUCCUAAACACACCUAACAAACUCCACCCAAUCUAAACCCCUUGCUCUAGGGAGAUGCCAAUUGAUAUUUGGGAAAUUAAAAUCUCCCAACAUGAAAACUCUUAUUAUUACACCUUUCCAGGAUCUAUUUCCCUAUCUACUCCUCGAUAUCCGUUACUUUCAAUGUUUAUGCAAAGAACAAACAGUGAAGCUGUUCAUUAUAUCUUGCCCUAUAAAUUCAAAUAUUUUUCUGUUACUUGAACCUUUUGUCUACUGUAGUUGCAACAAUAUUCAUAUUUUGUUCUUCAGUGAGUUUUUCCAGAGUAUUUAAUUCACACAAGCAAUAACCUCUGCAUCACAGGUCUACACUUACAGGAUUAAAUUUUAUUUAGUUGUUUAUAAGGAAGUCCAGUAGUUGACAGGAAACUUUAUACUACAUUACUUUUGCAAAUAUGUCAAUUUAAACUUUAUUUCGAACCAAUAAAAUUUUUGAAUAUUGCUAUGUAUAUAAGACAGUUGAAAUUAUUUGUUUAGUCUCCACCAGAAAUGGCUACUCCAUUUGGAAAUACUUGAUGCCUUAUAGUUGUAAUAAAAGUUAGUGAAGCUGUA